AUGAUUAUAAAAAAGUUUAUAUUAUUAAAUUUUUUUUUACUAGUAGUUUUUUUAUAUAAACAUUUAAAAAGUGAUUUUUUCGUAUGUAAAUGCUUUGAAUCAUCUGUUAAAAUAAUUGAAGAGAAGAGAAAUGAUUAUGUAUUAGAUGAUGCCAUACAUACUAUUUUAAUGCAUGCGCCUGAAGAAAAUGGAGUAUUCAUUCAUAAUAGUAUUAACAAAAUAAUGAGUAAAAGAUAUAUUAAUUUUAAUGUAAGAAAAAUAUUAAUCAGAAUAUCUUCUUUAAUUAAAAGUAGAAAAUUAGAUUAUUUAUGUGAUCCGAGUCAAUUAAUAAUUAUAAUAGGAGUUCCUCAAAUUAUAUCUAAUGCUGAAUUAUUAGAAGAUAUAAAGUUAUAUAAAUUAAAAAAAUUAAUAGAAAAUAUUGUAAAUUCUAUAGUAAUAUGUAAACCUAAAAAUCAUGAAAAGAUGUUUUACUUAGAAUUAAGUGGAUGUCAAUCACAAUCGGAUCAAGAAAUAAUUUUUGAUAAUGGAAAAUAUGAAAAAAAAGGAAAUUUGCAAUUAAAACCGAGAAAUAAAUUUUUUAGUAUACUCUUAAAUUGCUCAGUUGAUAACCUUGGUUCUGGGGAUAAAACAAUGAAAUGUGUUAACAAAGAGUUAGCCAAAAAAAAUUCUAAAAUUUCAGAAAGUUGUUCAAAAUGCUUUGAGAAUUCAGUUAAUUGUGGAAAAUCAAAUUGUUGGUUAUCUUGUUUAUUUAGUAAUCCAUGUUCAGAUAGUUGUUUUAACUGUGGAGUAAAUUAUUGUAAAAAAGAAUUAAUCAAUUGCACUGGAUUACUAAAUUUACCAGAUGCAUGCGUUUAA